AUGGCACACGCCGCGCUCCGCGUGCUCCUCGUGCUGCUGCCGCUGGCCACCACACUGCAGCACCCAGGAGCGCCACGGGACAGCGGGGCGCACGGUGAGCCCGUCCUGCUGCGCCUGGCCGAGCAGCUGCUGGCUCGCUACCGCCGCGGCGUGCGGCCCGUGCGCGACUGGCGCACCACCACCACGGUGGCCCUCGACGUCAUGGUGUACGCCAUCCUGAGCGUGGACGAGAAGAACCAGGUGGUGACCACGUACAUCUGGUACCGGCAGCACUGGACCGAYGAGUUCCUGCAGUGGGACCCGGCGCGCUUCGACAACGUCACGCAGAUCUCCCUGCCCGCUGAGAGCAUCUGGGUGCCCGACAUCCUCAUCAACGAGUUCGUGGACGUGGGCAGGUCCCCCGAGAUCCCCUACGUGUACGUGCAGCACCACGGAGAGGUGCGCAACCUCAAGCCCAUCCAGGUGAUGACCGCCUGCAGCCUCGACAUCUACAGCUUCCCCUUCGACGUGCAGAACUGCUCGCUCACGUUCACCAGCUGGCUGCACCACAUCCACGACAUCAACCUGUCGCUGUGGCGCCCGCCGGAGCUGGUCAAGGCCGACAGGAGCGUCUUCAUGAACCAGGGCGAGUGGGAGCUGCUGCACGUGCUGAGCCGCAUCCAGGAGUUCAGCGUCAAGGACAGCGACAGCUACGCCGAGAUCAAGUUCUACGUCGUCAUCCGCAGACGUCCCCUCUUCUACACGGUCAGCCUGCUGCUCCCCAGCAUCUUCUUGAUGCUUACGGACCUCGUGGGUUUCUACCUACCUCCCAACAGCGGCGAGAGGGUCUCCUUCAAGAUCACGCUCCUGCUGGGCUACUCCGUCUUCCUGAUCAUCGUGUCGGACACACUUCCUGCAACCASUAUUGGCACCCCACUCAUAGGUGUCUACUUCGUGGUGUGCAUGGCGCUGCUCGUGCUCAGCCUCAUGGAGACUGUGCUCAUCGUGCGCCUUGUGCACCAGCAGGACCUGCAGCCGCACGUGCCCGCCUGGGUGCGGCGCUGGGUGCUGGAGUGCGCCGCCGCGCUCCUCUGCAUCCGCCACCGCAGCGAGCUGUGCCCAGGCAGGGUGCACAGCGAGAGCGCGGGUAAGGGCGGCGCAUCGGGCUCCGCGUGCAGAGCACAGAGCUCCCCUCCGACAGCCUUUGCUCCUGCAGCGCGGCCAAGCCCCUGCAGCGUGGAGGACGCCCAGGAGCCCGAGACGCCCGGUGAGGCUGGCGGCUCCGGGUGGGCGCGCGCGCUGCUGCGCGAGGUGGCCGCCGUCCGCGAGCUGCUGCGGCGSCGCGAGGAGCUGCAGGCCGCGGCGCACGAGUGGCUGCAGGUGGCCUACGUGGUGGACGUGCUGCUCUUCCGCGCCUACCUGGCGGCCGUGGCGGCCUACGGCGCCACGCUGGGCGCGCUCUGGGCCGCGUGGCGCUGCGCCUGA